AUGUCAUUGCGUCGAGUAACAUUAAGCGGACGACUUGCACAAAAUGAGAGUAAAGCGGAGGAAUCAGCAACAAUUAUUAUUGCUAAAGGUCUUUUUGCUGUAGCUAUUGAUGUUGGAAUCGCAUUAGUUAUAGCAUUUUACGCAUUAAAUAUAUUCAUUGGCAAGUUUUUUGUACCAUAUGAACGUGGUUUCUACUGUUACGAGAUACCAUAUAUCAGUAAUCCAUUUCGUCCAAAUACCGUGUCAACGAAACACUUAUUAGCUGUUUCUAUUGCUUCACCAUUUUUCAUCAUCAUAGUGGUAGAAGCCGUAGUAUUUAGGAUAUCUGACGGUCAAAAUAAACUGCGCAAAUAUUUUCACUUCACUACAUCAAUCUACCUCGUAUAUCUUGCUUCAUUUGUUAUCGGGACACUUAUGAUGGAGGUAUUAAAAUGUACAAUCGCUCGGUUAAGGCCGCACUAUUUAAGUGUUUGCCAGCCGAACUGGGAAAAAAUCAAUUGUAGCGAUCCAAAUACUUAUAUCGAAAGUGUCACUUGUUUGGGAACUAAUGUGCAUCGAAUUCGUGUCGGACGUCAAAGUUUUCCAAGUGGCCAUACAUCAGCCGCUGUAUUGCUCUUUUUAUUCCUUUAUUUUUAUCUGAGAGGUAUCGUUAACGCUAUCCAUAACAAAUUAUUACGAAUAAUCCGUUUCACAGUGCUAUUUAUAAGUGGUGCAUGGACAGUGCUGGUGAUGGUAACGCGUAUAACCGAUAAUUGGCACUAUCCAACUGAUGUUUUAGGCGGAAUAAUAUUAGCUUUUUUAUGUGCGUAUAUUUUUAUUCGGAAAAUGCACUAUUCAUUGGUUUACCACAAUCGUUUACUGGAAAAUAUGCAUAAUACAUAA